AUGUCAGCAAUCUCUAGGGCAAAAAACAUCAAUGUUGCUGAUGCUGCGCACACAGAGGAAACUAGGAUCCAGGAGGUAGAUAAAGCUGCCAAAAACACUCCCAAAGAACGUCGAAGGUCACCAUCCCCAGUAUCUCAAUCACAAUUGUCUACUCAGCAGCAAUCCAGCUCAGUUGCUGUUUUUUAA